AGAUUUAGCAGACCCAAAGAAUGCCGCCCAAACACCAGAAGCAAAUCCCUGCCACCGCCGAUAUUGUCGACCUCGACAGCAGCGACGACGAAAUCAACAACCCUGUUAACAGUAGACAAUUCAAUGGCGCGAAAUUCCAUACCAAACCACCAACUACAACUCAGUCUGCCUCCGUAACUAACAAGGGCGACUCGUCGGCAGCGAAUUUCCGGCCACUUGAUGAUCGAAGUUUCUGGAGAGCCGGAGCUUACGAAAUCGGCCCCACUAUAUCUACUCUGAUUCAAGGUGAUCUGGAGCAUGCACGAGUUCACCCCAGGUUCUUGCAUUCAAACGCCACCUCUCACAAAUGGGCAUCCGGAGGUAAUAUUUCCGAUAUCGGGUAUUCCCGAUAUAGGAAAUGGUGCAACUUUGGUGAAAGUCGACAGAAUUUAUAA